CCAAAAAAAAAUGAAAAUCCUACCAGUUCUCCUCUGCUUGCUCUUCUUCUCCACCUUCAUUUCACCGGCUCUGUCAGGGCGGUGCAACCCCCAAGAUAAGAAGGUCCUCCUCAAGAUCAAAAAAGCCUUGGGCAACCCUUAUCUCUUGGCCUCAUGGGACCCCAAAACCGCCUGUUGCGACUGGUACUGCCUCGAAUGCCAUCCCGAUACCCACCGUGUCAUUUCCCUCACCAUGUUCACCGACAACAAACUCACGGGCCAAAUCCCGGCCGAAGUCGGCGACCUUCCGUACCUCGAAACCCUCCUUUUCCGACACCUCCCCAACCUCAACGGAACCAUACCAUCCACCGUUACCAAGCUUAAGAACCUCAAAACCCUUUGGGUGAGCUGGACCAACCUGUCUGGUCCAAUCCCAGAGUUUAUUCCCCAACUCAAGAACUUAACUUACCUCAACCUUUCAUUUAACAACCUCACGGGUUCCAUCCCGAGCUCCGUUUCCACACUCCCAAAUCUCGAUUCUUUACAUUUGGACAGAAACAAGUUAACUGGUUCGAUACCAGAAUCUUUCGGUAGCUUUCCCAGCAGGAGCCUGUACUUGUUCAUCUUGUCUCACAAUAAACUUUCGGGUACAAUCCCUGCGUCUUUAGCCAACAUGGACUUCAACAUCAUCGACUUGUCGAGGAACAUGCUUCAAGGUGAUCCUUCGGUGCUGUUUGGAAAGAACAAAACGACGUUCGAUAUCGAUCUUUCGAGGAAUAUGUUCCAGUUUGACCUGUCGAAAUUGCAGUUUCCCAAGAGCUUGGCGAGGCUGGAUCUGAAUCAUAACAAGAUUACGGGAAGUAUUCCGGAACGGUUGACGGAGCUGGAUUUGCAGUUUUUGAAUGUGAGUUACAAUAGGUUGUGCGGGAAGAUUCCAGUUAGAGGGCGGUUGUAGAGUUUCGAUUACUCCACGUUUUUUCACAACCGGUGCUUGUGCGGUGCUCCGCUUGAGAGCUGCAAGUAGAGGUGUAGGAACUAAGUUAGGUUUUGGGAUUAAUUAUACUUUUGAGUCCUGAGCUCGUAUUCUCAUUUCAUAAUGAUCCCAGAACUUACCUUUUCUGCAUUGACUUUUAUUGUGUAGAGUUUUUAUUGACUGUGUGUGUUUCUUUGACUCUAAAAUUAAGAUUUUAUUGUCAUUUA